CAAAAUAUAAUGUAUGUUGAACUGAUGACACCUGUCUCCGUCCAAAAACCCCAUCAGCUUAUUGACAUGGCGCUUCAAGCCAGGUGGCGGACAAACAGGGGGAGAGAUGUAAGGGCCGCCACCUGUCACACCGCUGCCACAACCUCAUCUUCUACACCCAACGCGUGUUACUCCAAACCUCCAUUUAAAUGAACCCCAUGGGGUGGGUGAUCACUCUGCGGUAAGUUUGUUCUUGUUCUAAUUCUAUCGGUCGAUCCAAAAUGAGCCAGCAACAACGCCCACGGCCAACCCAACCUACCACAGAACCCAUCAAAUACGGCGACGUUUUUCCUGUUUCCGGUAGCCUUGCGUCCAAACCCAUUGCGCCCCAGGAUGCAGCCACCAUGCAGUCUGCUGAAAAUACUUUUCUGGGAAACACCCAGAAGGGCGGCCCGGCCGCCGUCAUGAAUUCGGCGGCCACCAAGAACGAGAGGGCCGGACUUGUCAGUCACGAGCAGGUUACUGAUGUUGUCGCCACUGACGGUGUCACUAUAUCGCAGGCUAACGUGGCAGGCAGCAGUAUCAUCACCGAGGCGGUCGGUGAUCAGGUUGUUGGCGAGUAUGCUAGGCCACCACCGGUGGCAAUGACUUCCCCAGCUUCCGCCCUUGACCGCGACGCCAUCACAAUCGGCGAAGCACUGCAGGCCACGGCUCUCUCAGCCGGCAACAAGCCCGUCGAUCAGAGCGACGCGGCGGCGAUACAAGUAGCCGAGAUGAGAGCCACCGGAAGCAGCGAAGUAGUUCCGGGUGGCAUAGCUGCCCAGGCACAAUCUGCAGCAACAACCAAUGCCCGUCUGAUCCUAGAUGAAAACAAGACUAAGCUCUCCGACAUUCUCACGGAUGCGACGGCUAAGCUGCCGGAUGACAAACCGGCGACGCGUGAAGAUGCAGAAAGGGUGAUAGGUGCGGAGCUAAGGAACGAUCCUAACAUGGUUACGUACCCUGGUGGAGUGGCGGAGUCGGUGGCAGCAGCUGCCAGGCUCAACCAAAGUACAAAGGUUUUAAAAUGUGAAGACAGGGAAGAUGGUGUUGGAUGAGGAGGCAAAUAAGGGUGAUGUUGAUAUAUAUUGAUGGGCUUACAUUAUUGACUGAUUGCAAUAUCAUGGAAGUGGGCAUGUGUCACUGCAUUUUGCACACGGCUUGGCUGGCUUGUGGCCACACUCCCCUACAAAGACAACUGCUACAGCUAAUGCCCUUACACCUCAUCUCCUGAUCUCCAUCUCCUCAUCUCCUUUAGGUCUUUCACAAGUGUGGGUGAAUUGGUCAAUUAAUAGGAACUUAACAGGGUAUUAGAGUCUGUUUGUCAUCUUCAUUGUAUGUAUUAUUUUUCUAUUUAUUGAAUUCAUGUACAAGCCCGAAGAAAACUAUCCAAAUUU